UUUGAUGAUGAUGAAGAAGAAGACGACGCCAAUGCAAUGGAAGAGGAAGAAGACGACGAGGAAGUGUUUGAAGAUGAAGACGACAUCACAUGGAAAUUGAGAAAACUAUCAGGUGAUUGUCUUGUUAGUCUUGUGAAAGAACGAAGUGACAUGUUUUGUGAAGUAGUGAGUGAAGCACUGAGUGUUGUGUUAAAGCGCUUCAAAGAAUCCGUUGAGAUUGUGUUGAACAUAGUGCUUGGGGUGUACAGUCUUGUGUUAAAAACGGUCAACAGUGGUGUGUGUCAGUGUGUUGAGAAAGUUAGAGAAAGUGUGAGUGGUGCAAUUCCACAGAUUGAGAGCAUUUUGAAAGGAAAGAAGUCGACUGAGAAGAGCAAGAUGGAGUGUUUCAACAUAGUGAAAGAGAUCGCUGUCUUUGAUGGUGCCGCACUUGUCCCACAUGUUAAUACACUUGAAGGUGUGAUUGUAACACUCUUGAACAGUGCAAACAGUCAUGUUGAAUUGUUAAGUACGAUGUGUGAGUGUCUUCGCAACAUCGUCAAGAUCAAUGGCGUUGAUUCAUUCAGUGCAGCUAUAUCACCCGUUCUCGUCUCACUGUUUGAUUCAAAGAACUUCCGUGUUGAAAUUGAAGUGUUGAAGACAGAAAGUGUUCUUCUUCGUUAUGCGAAGAGUGCUGAGAUGUACACCACUUUGAAUGUUGGGAGUGUCAAGGCCGCACUUGUGUCACUAAUUAAGAGUGAGAAAGACCAUGAAGUCAAAGAAGAAGCCGUGUUCUGUCUUGGAUCAUUGUUGAAAGUAUUUAAUAAAGCGAUGAGUGACAAUGAAUUGCGUGAGACUCUUGGCGAAGUGACUGCAUUGUACAGCAACACAUUCUUAAAUGCAACAGCACUUGUAGUUAUUCUUGACGUUGCAACAGCAGAAGUACUUGAACGCUUGAAGAACUGGGACACCCUUUUUGUUGAAACAACUAAACAAACACAACAGGCUACACGACAAGUCAAAUCAACAGCACUCAAAGUCUGCAAAUCAAUAUUGGACGCUAAACUUGUCUUGUCGAAAGCUACUAUGGAAACAACACUGACACCAAUCUCAAACUUCAUUUAUGACAACGACAUCACUAUAAUAGAAGACGCAGUUCAUAUCAUCGCAGCUUAUGCACAAUAUAAAGAAAUGUACAAGAACAUCACACAGAACGUCUUUAGAAAAGUCGUUGACAUUGCAAAGGGGAACAACGCACGUGAAGCAAUGGCACCAUGUUUCAUGGAACUUGCAUCGGCACUUGCGGUCUAUGACAAGAAGGAGAUCUCCGCUGCAAUUCUUGACAUCCAAAACCACGUCUAUUCACGCGCAAAUCUUUAUUUGGUUGGAAUGUUGUAUGCAGCAACAUCGCCGGACGCAGAUGUCGUUGUUAAUGCAGUCAACACGGCAGUCAACAAACUCAAGAAAUCAGUCGAACCAUCUGCAGACUACUACAAAGCAAUUGUUCUUAUCUACGCAUCGAGCGCUUUAUUGACACAACAAAAGAUCAACGGUGACAAAGUCAGAGAUAUUCUCUUUGAUGCAACUGAAAUCGAGAGUGACGCUGUCAGACAAGCCGCUGCACUUGCACUUGGAAGUAUUCCAGACAUCAUUCCACUCUUACUCACACGCAUCGAGAAGAAAACAACAUUCUCGUUGUUGAACGCACUGAAAGAGGCACUCAAAUAUAUCAACGCAAACACCGUCGAAGACAUCAUGAAACGUCUUGUCAAAAUCAAAGUCGACGAAGUCUCAACGAAUGUCAUGAGUGAGUGUUAUGGAAAAUUACUUGCUUUCGACUUGGAGAAAUACAUCAAAGCGUUUUACAUUCCCGCGUUGAUGGACAAGAACGGCAACGGCGCACUUAUCGGCUCAAUCAAAAAUUGUAUGGCCAACUGUGACCCGAAAAUGUUCAUCCCACUCAUCCCAAUCAUCGUCUCACGUCUCGGUGACAAAAUCCCCGCAGUCAAAGGCGCACUCUUCACAGUCAUUUCAUAUCUCCUCAUUCACGCUCAAAAGGAAAUCUUCCCUUACUUACAAACUAUUCAAAAACAACUCGUCCCACAAAUGUCCGUCGACAAAAACUACGUCUCCGUCGCAAAAUUCUCUAUCGUCGUCCACAUCACCGAUUUGGGACUCGAAGCUCGUAAAGCAGUCAUGGAAUGCCUCUCCGUCCUUAUCGAUAACUACAUCACUGAACUUAACUUUAAAAAUAUCAUCUGCGCUAUCGUAAAAUCUAUCGGAGAACAAAACAAUGACCACGACGUCAAAUUACUCUGCUUCAAUUUGUUACUCAAAAUGGCUAACAACAACUCAGACGAACUCAUCGAAAAUAUCGAUGAAAUCAUCCCAGACCUCCGUAAACUCAUCAGCUCAUCUCUCGACGAGAAAAAUAAAGACCAAGACACUCCUAAACAACAAGAAAUAUCAAAGGCUGUCUGCAGAUUUGUCGCUAACGUCGCUUCAAAUCCUCUCGCUUUUGUCUCGUCGGCAUUUGAAAAGCUUUACCAAGACAUCCUUAACUCCCUCAAACUCGGUGCUGUCCUUAAGACUUUCAUCUAA